GUUAGCGUCAAACCGUAGUGAUACCUGUCUGCUCAUCAGGCACAGCUUAUAUCUGUUCCAAGUUUUAAAAGUGUACUGGGGUUACUAUGAAAGUCUCUUUUUAAUUGUGGAUAAUCAGUUUCUUCGUUAAAACACAAAGGUAUAGACAUUAACCGGAUAAUCGUUACAAUCAAAACACUAGCAAUGCUGUUCCUGAAUAGUAGAUUCAGUCAUGGGCGAUCGUCACACUACAGAAUCCUACGUACAUGUAGGGAAGAGAAUACUACUGUUUCAUAAUUAAGCCGAGGGAAACAUUACCUUUGAUGACGUAAGUUACGUAAAUCGGCGGAAUGGUUACACGACGAAGCAUCAGGAGGUUGCUGCCCGUGUUAUGCGCUGUGCUUCUUUUACGCAUAUACGUGAUCAAACUUCGAGACGGCCAUGGAGAUGACGAAGAUUCCGGGUUCCACAGUUGGCAUGAAUUCACGUCUAAUGAAGUUAAACCAGAAAUGAAGAUCCUUCCUGGUCCUUCGGAAACAUCGCAGACUUCUGUUGUGGCAGAAACACAGGAAGUGGAGAUUCUACUGGAGCGAGGAAAAUAUCAGAGCCAUCAGAAUGUAUUUAACCACAAGGAAGAACUUGAAAGUCAAGGAACUGCAGUUAACAUGAGUGACAGAACUGAUUUCAUCAGUUAUUAUGAUCACUCUCCGUCAUGGAUGCGCAUCACAGAUGACCUGCACACAUACAGCGGUUUCUGGGAUUCCCGGCCAUACUUACCAGAAGGCCCGGUGGCGCGUGUCCUAGGGAUCAUGAAGUAUAAGGAGGAGCUCAUGCAGCCUGGUCGGGGCUUUAAAGUCAGUUCAUGGGUGAAAGACAAUAUGUUGAACUGCUCUUGCGUUUUGUGGUACACAGAUACAGAUGUUCCUUCUCAAGGAACUCUCAAAGCAUUUGUUUACGAAGAAGGACUGAAGGAUUAUGUAGGAACAUUCCUGCUGUGUUAUCCUCCUUCCACUGGCGAGGCAAAUAAAGUGGCUGACUCGAUGAGUAAAAAUAUUCAUCAAGAAAAGAUUCCAUAUGCUGUCUCUAUCAUGCCUAAAGAUCGUCAGAAUUCCUCAUAUAACAUAAUUUAUUUACGACGGGAAGAGGAGACUGCAAAUGCGAGUGAAACGAGUAGUGCCGUGUGCGUGAGGCCAUUGUUUGGACCUUAUAAUAACCUGGUUGGCAUGGCUCAAUUUAUAUCAUACUAUUCAUCAGUUUUGAAGGUAAAUAACUUUUAUUUUUAUGAUCUUGCUAUUAAUGAUGACGUGCUUGAAUAUCUGUUAAAAGUGGCUACCUUAGGAGUGAACAUCAACAUUCUUCACUGGAACGUCCCAACAACUGACUGGGAGAAACUAUGGGAUUUAGGAUCUCUCACUGCGCUCAAUGACUGCGUAUAUAGGAGUUCCAAGAAACAUGCUUAUGUCGCUGUUGUAGAUUUAGACGAGUUCAUUGUGCCAAAAAUGAAAGGAUUAACCCUCGAAGGUGUGUAUAAAAAGGUUAUCUCUCACAAGGUGGGAAAUCAUGGUGAUGCCGCCCUCAUCCGAAACGUCUUCUUCUGUUACGAAUUCGAAAAUACUAAAGACGAUGCUAUUGAUAUAAAUGAAUUGCCAAUAUUCAGGUACAUCCACCGAGAGGACCGAGUUUGGCCGUCGAAACUGCGCUCGAAAAUGAUCGUGGUGCCGGAAGCGGUCGUUGCACUCGGUCACCACAUGAUCCACCACUUCGUGAAGGAGAACCUGAAGAACCAUGGAGCACCUAACACCAUAGCUGUCUUGCGACACUAUCGUACUUGUAAAGAGGUGAACAUGGGUAUCCACGCUACAGGGCCCAGAGUACUGGACCAAAAAGCAAUCAAAGAUGCCAGUAUGAUGAAGUUUAAAAGUUCCGUUUUGAAAUCUAGAGUUCUACAGCUGUACCUACAAUUUCUUCAACACAAAAUGACGACAAAUAGAACUCUGUGAUGUUACUAUUAAUUUAUCUGUCUACACACACACACACACACACACACACACACACACACACACACACACACACACACACACACACACACACACACACACACAUAUCCCAUAAACAAGUAAUAAACUUCUGGGAAAUUAAAACAAAUAAGGAAAUGUAUAAUUUAUUGAGUUACAAGAAAUGACCAGCAAUCAUAAAUCUAACAUCUCUUUCCCUCUGUCAUGAGGCACCAACUAAUGUUUGUUUUUGAUAUCAUCAUUUAUAUAAUAGCUGGUAGUGUACAGUGUUUUUAUGUGAUUGUGUUUACAGUACAUUAUAUAUAUGUGUAUGUGUGUGUGUGUAUAUAUAUAUAUAUAUAUAUAUAUAUAUAUAUAUAUAUAUAUAUAUACAUAUACAUAUACAUAUACAUAUA